AUGAGUAGUAACACUAUGCAAACUACAAUAAGUAAUCUUGAAUCAACCAUGAUAAGUAGUUCUGAACCAAACAUAAGUAAUUCGGAGCCAACUGUAAUCAGUGUUCCUGAACCUGCCAUAAUGAGUGUUUCUGAAGCUACCAAUUCACUUACAUCACUUACAAAUGGCAUAUAUAAUCUUGAGUUUGAUGAAUCACUACAAGCUAUUGAUGAAUCAUCAAUAAAUCUUUACGAGAUGCAUUGGUUAAACUUGAAAAAAACAUCCUUCAAGAAA